GCAAGAUCAGCAUUUAUAAAGUGUGUACAGAAAGACCGUGCAUAAACGUUUGAAUCGUGUGUGCAAGGUUAAACGGCAUUUGUAAAGCAAGGCUUAGUGGCGGUAUUUCCUCAUCGCAUGACUUCCUGUACACAUUUAAAUUACGACAUUAAUUUGAAAUUUUGGGAACACCUUUGGAAAUGGAAGCCUCUGCUAUUCACGUCGGGAUACUUUUAGUGGCGAUAGGAUGUCCCAGCGUUUUCGGUGUUUAUUACCCAACAGUCGAUCUGCAGAUGUGGUGUGGGAAGAACUUUACCGUUUCCUGCCCAUCGACCCUCAACGGCCGCGCGGGAACUCUCCGCUUGUCGCCCCCUCCGGAUUAUAACUGCCAGGUUAACUUCACGCUGGAAAGCAACUGCGGUUUCUCCUCUGACCGAUAUGCUAUUUAUUUCAAUAUCCGCAAGUUUGAUCUUCCGUCCAGCAGUGGUGUUAAUCAAGAUACCAUGAUGAUCUAUGAACAGCAGCUACCGUGGCCGUUCACUCCCACCCUGGUCAAGCAGUUAAGCGGUUACCAGACGGCGAUGACCAAUCCGGCAUCCGUGGCCCAGCUGUUGUCUUCGUACUCUCGUAGACCUUCUUUAACCAUUCAGUACCUGCGACAAGCGACGACGGCACCGGUCUACGGGCACGAACUGCUCAUCGACUACGUUAUCGUGGAAGAGUCUUCCACUGUCGGUAACACAUACUGCAGCGCUCUAUACGGCUACGUUAACGAUGAUUACAUUUGUGACCAUGACGGCGGGAAUGACCGCUGCAACUGUCCGUACACGUACACUGCCAGUCUGGGCAGCAAUCCAGCAUACACCCGCGGCUCGAACUGUGGCACCCACGGCGGCUCCAUCGGCUUAAUUGUCGGAGCCAUUAUGGGCAGCAUUGGUUUCAUCAUUAUCAUUGUGGUGGUGGUUCUCCUGGCGCGCCGCCGACACCACCGCAUCCUGGUGGCCCGCACCUGUGUCCACGAGCCGACGGUGGUGGGACCGUACCAGCAGAUGCCGUCCUACCAGAACGCCCCGCCCGCUUACAAUCAGCAGUGUUAUACAGAGCCGCAUUGCGGUGAUAAAUUUAGAAUUCCACAAGCCACCACUUUGAACGUUUCCAAAUUUUAUUGCGAGUACUUUAGUACGCAAAACGCUUUAUUUUUUCUGCACACUUGGGACAAAAUGGAUGCUCUUCGAUAUGUUUAUGUAGGAAUUCUCUUGGCUGCCGCAACAUUGACGAAUGUUUCUGCGGCCUACGUAUACUACUCCGAAAUAAACCUUGAUCUACCACGUCGAUGUGGAGAACAGAUCGUAAUCCCAUGCCCCUUCGAUGAUGCCGGGAGAUUCGGUACACUGAGAUGGACGCCACCCAGUAACAGCUGUACGAUCCACCUGGCCCUGGAGGACAAAUGCGGGUUCAUUUUUGACAGCCGCGGCCAGAAAACGGAUCGAUAUGCUAUUUAUCUAAAUUUUCCGAAACUGGAAUCCAGGCAUCAUGUUGUGGAAGUGUAUGAAGACAGAAAUGACGUUCGAACCCUCGUCAAACACCUGAUCGGAGGCAUGGCGGGCUUCAAGAAUCCGCGCUCUGUCGCGCAGCUGCUGUCGCUGUAUUCCAAUCAGCCCAGUUUGACACUACAGUUCAGCAAACCCAGGAACCAAACGAACGUCUCAAUGGCUCUACGUGAAUCUAUCGAUUUUCGUAUUAUUGAAGAGUUUCCCAGUCCGGACCGAACGUACUGUGACGCGCUCGGCGGAUACCUCAUGGAUAAGUACAUGUGCGAUCACGGCGGAGAUGGCCGGGACGACCGCUGCAACUGUCCGUCCAACUACGUAGACAGCAUUGCACGAAACCCGGCAACCGGCAGACAACGCUGUUCCUCAGCCAAUACGUCCUGGAUGAUUGUCGGUGUCGUGCUGGGCUGUGUUGGUGCCAUGAUCGGUGUCGUCGUUCCACUGGCGAUACUGAUCCGACGCAGACGUGCGCAGAAUUCCCUUCGUGCCACCGAGGCAGCAAAGGGCAUUGUCGGACCGUAUCAGUCGGUACCUUCUUACCAAGAAUCCGCAUCAACGUGAAUGCAACCAGAACGCGCAGAAUAGUCCACACCUAAUUAGACGCCUAGCAAGUAGCAGAUUCAAUGUCAAAAGAUUAUUUGUGGAGUGCGAUCACAAUUGUGAAAGGGUUGAUUUUGUACAUUCUCCAUAAUUUAAACGUGCUUAGUGCCGUGAAACUGUCGCCUGGUCUCCUAGAGUAUUUGUACUGUAGUAAAAUUAAUUAUGAUGUUGAUGUCUUUCCAUGUACACUGUAUAGUGUCUACAUGUGCGCCCUCAGCUGAUGAACAAAUGAACACGAAUUUCAUCUAGCCUCUUGCCGAUACUUGGACGAAAUUUCAUAUACGGGCUAGCUUGUAA